AACUCUCACAUACACACACAUACUACCAAGAAAAGAAAAGAAAAGAAAAAAAGAUCCACCAUCCUUACCACCCCACUCUAGUAGGAACUCCAUUUCCCUCCAUCACUCCAUGGGUUCCUUAGAACUCCCACUCUCCACCCAAACCCACCAACCCGACCCAGAAAAACCCAAACAUGAUAUCGACGACGACUACAUCUCCCCGAUCGAGGAAGUCCGUCUAACCGUGACCAACACUGACGACCCAAACCUACCCGUAUGGACCUUCCGGAUGUGGUUCUUGGGCCUUCUAUCAUGUGGGGUACUAUCAUUCCUUAACCAAUUCUUUUCUUACAGGACCGAACCCCUCAUUAUAACCCAAAUCACGGUUCAAGUAGCAACCCUACCCAUUGGUCAUUUCUUGGCUCGUAUCUUACCCCAGACCCAGUUUCGAAUCCCCGGGUUUGGAUCCAGGAAAUUUUCUCUUAAUCCGGGCCCGUUUAAUGUGAAAGAGCAUGUUUUGAUAACCAUAUUUGCUAAUGCUGGAAGUGCAUUUGGAAAUGGAUCAGCUUAUGCUGUUAGUAUAGUCAAUAUUAUUAAGGCGUUCUAUAAGCGGAAUAUCUCCUUCUUGGCUGCUUGGAUCCUCAUUAUCACCACUCAGGUAUUAGGAUACGGUUGGGCAGGUCUGAUGAGGAAAUAUGUGGUAGAGCCUGCUCAUAUGUGGUGGCCAAACACUCUUGUCCAAGUCUCUCUUUUCAGAGCCUUGCACGAGAAGGAUGACAAAGAAGAAAGGCGCACAUCAAGGGCAAAGUUCUUUGUAAUUGCACUAACAUGCAGCUUCUUGUGGUAUGCAGUCCCGGGUUACUUGUUCUCAACUGUCACAAGCAUAUCGUGGGUGUGCUGGGUAUUCUCCAGAUCUGUGACAGCCCAACAACUAGGCUCAGGCAUGAAAGGUCUUGGUCUUGGAGCCAUAACACUAGACUGGUCCGCUGUAGCCGCCUUUUUACUAAGCCCCCUCAUAACCCCAUUCUUUGCCAUCGCAAAUGUCUGCGUAGGUUAUGUUCUGAUAAUAUACAUCUUCAUUCCCAUAGCUUACUGGGGACUGGACUUGUAUAGUGCUCGCACGUUUCCCAUUUUCUCCUCACAUUUAUUCUCAGAACAUGGUCAAAUAUAUAAUAUAUCAGCAAUUGUCAACGACAAAUUUGAGCUAGAUUUGGCACAAUAUGGGAAUCAAGGAAAAAUCCAUAUGAGCACAUUUUUUGCUCUGACCUAUGGCUUUGGAUUCGCCACCAUAGCUGCAACUCUUACUCAUGUGGGAUUCUUCUACGGAAGGGAGAUCAUCGAAAGAUACCAAGCAUCCUACAAAAGCAAGGAGGAUAUCCACACGAAACUGAUGAAGAAGUAUGAAGACAUACCAGCAUGGUGGUUCUACAUACUUCUUGGGUUGACAAUAACAAUUUCUUUUCUGCUCUCUAUCUUCUUGAAAGACCAAGUUCAAAUUCCUUGGUGGGCUCUACUCUUUGCUUGUAGCAUAGCGUUUGUUUUCACUCUUCCCAUCAGCAUCAUAACUGCCACAACAAACGUGACACCAGGAUUGAACAUAAUAACAGAGUAUGUUAUGGGACUCAUAUUACCAGGAAAACCAAUUGCCAACGUCUGCUUCAAAGUCUAUGGUUACAUGAGCAUGUCACAAGCUGUUUCUUUCCUCAGCGAUUUCAAGCUAGGCCACUACAUGAAGAUCCCACCAAGAUCAAUGUUUUUGGUUCAGUUCAUAGGAACCAUUUUUGCUGGUACCAUCAACAUUUCAGUAGCGUGGUGGUUGCUCAACUCAAUUCACAAUAUAUGCGACGAUAGUCUGCUUCCAGCUGACAGUCCUUGGACUUGUCCUGGUGACCGUGUAUUUUUUGAUGCUUCUGUUAUAUGGGGCCUGGUUGGUCCUAAGAGGAUUUUUGGGGAUCUUGGAACGUACAAAGCCAUGAACUGGUUCUUCAUUGGAGGGGCAAUAGGACCGAUUAUAGUUUGGCUCUUUCACAAAGCGUUCCCUAAGCAAUCAUGGAUUCCAUUGAUUAACCUUCCUGUACUUCUUGGGGCUACAGCCUAUAUGCCACCAGCAACAACUGUAAACUACAAUGCCUGGAUCAUAGUUGGAACAAUUUUCAACUUCUUUGUUUUCCGUUACCGGAAGCAAUGGUGGCAAAGGUACAAUUACAUUCUUUCAGCGGCUUUAGAUGCUGGGGUUGCCUUCAUGGCAGUUCUGUUGUACUUCUCACUAGGUAUGGAGAAUAAAAGUUUGACCUGGUGGGGUACAAAUGGCGAGCACUGCAAUCUAGCAACAUGUCCAACAGCCAAGGGCAUAGUGGUUGAUGGAUGCCCUAUCCACUAGUUCUUGUACAUCUAUAGAAUCUUCUGUAUACUUCAGUUUGAUAGAGUACAGGGUAUUAGUGUGAGAGUGUGAAUUCUUUUGACAAGAAUCUGGGGAAGAACCCAGGUGCAAUAUGUACAUUCACAUCUCAAUUUUAGGGUAGCAACAGAUCACUUUUUAAUUAAGAAAGACACAAGUAUUUAUACAGUAUACUCUAUACAAAGUGAACAGUACCCUCCCUUUUCCCUUCUCUUUUCAGAUAAGGAUGUAUAGAGAACUUAGACACACUAUUUGUACUUCCAUAGCCUGCUACUUCUAUUUUCUAAGGGAUUCAUAGGAUUAGAUAGA